UCCUGCAAGCAGCAUUCCGGGGUGGAGAGAGCGGAGUCUCGAUGCCACAGAGACAAGCCGACUGUAUAUUUACAAAGCCAAAUACGAGGUGAAUAUUUAAAUCGACUGCGACGUUUGAACGGGACAUGGGCUCUCCAGGGCAGACCCCGGGACAAGACAUGGAGCUGUGAACGUGCACUCUUACUGGUCCUCUCCAUCCAUCUCCAUUUACUGCCUUACCCACAGCUCUCCUUACCACUGCCUCUACUCCUGCUGUAGUGGUUUGGCUCAGACUCUUCUCAUAGAGGAAGGAAAAAAAGAAAGUGGGAGGGACAAGUAAACCCUCCCCAGCUGCUGUCCAGACACACACAUGCUGCAUUGCUGCCAUUCCCCAAGCCCUACUCCAUCCAUUCCUAGGGCACAGCCCCUAGCUUGCUAGCUAGCUGGCACUUGGCACACAGUGAAGGCCUUUCCUGAGGGAUAAAAAUACAACAAGACUGUGCACACUCCAGUUUUUAUUUCCUCUCUCACCUCUGGAUCACCCACCCGCCCACUUGUAGUGUCUAAGUGGGGCUCAUUUUGUUUAACUGUCAUUCCUGCUGCUGUGAGCAGUGGAGGAUAGUUAGUAGCACAUCAGUCAGCCAGUCCGUCAACCAGGCAGACUGAGGAAGGCAGAGGGUGUGGUCAUUUUAGGCCAGGAUGGAGCCCAGCAUGGAGAACUGCCUGGUCCAGGUCCUGCAGAAGGAUGUGGGCCGACGGCUGCAGGUGGGUCAAGAGAUCAUUGAGUACAUCUCGGACAAGGAGAAGUCCCACGACCUGGAGCAGGAUCAGACGGCGCUGGACAAGAUGGUCGAUGGCAUUGCCAGCUCCUGGGUCAACUCCAGCAACUUCAAGGUGGCUCUGCUUGGGUUGGACCUCUUAUCUGCCUUAGUGACAAGGUUACAGGACCGAUUUCGGGCGCAGGUGGGAACAGUUCUGCCAAGCCUGAUUGACCGAUUGGGAGAUGCCAAAGACCAGGUACGAGACCAAGACCAAAUCCUGCUGCUAAAGAUCAUGGAACAGGCUGCCACCCCACAGUACGUGUGGGACAGAAUGCUGGGAGGCUUCAAACAUAAGAACAACAGGACCCGAGAAGGAGUGUGCCUUUGCCUCAUUGCCACACUCAACACGUACGGUGCUCAAGGUCUGACCCUCAGUAAAAUAGUCCCUCACAUAUGUAACCUUCUGGGAGACCCCACUAGUCAGGUUCGUGAUGGGGCCAUGAGCUGCUUGGUAGAGAUCUACAGGCACGUCGGUGAGAGGGUGAGGAUGGACCUCAGCAAGAAGGGCCUGCCACAGUCACGGUUGAAUGUAAUCUUCAGCAAAUUUGAUGAAGUCCAAAGAUCCGGGAACAUGAUCUCGUCCUCUGGCUCAGAUAAGAACUUUGAAGAUGAGGAUUCUGUGGAUGGAGGCCGGUCCUCCUCCUCCUCGUCCUCCAAAGCGACCCCCAGUGGCAGGAGGACUGUAAUAAGCUCCGUCAGAAGGCCCAGCUCAGCUAACACAGCCAAAGCCACAGGCAAAGAAGCAGGUGCAGGUGCUGUGGAUGAAGAGGAUUUCAUUAAAGCCUUUGAGGAUGUGCCCACUGUCCAGAUCUACUCCAACAGAGAGUUGGAGGACCACCUGACCAAGAUCAGAGAGGUGCUGUCUGAUGACAAGCAUGACUGGGAGCACAGAGUGGUCGCGCUAAAGAAGGUCCGUUCGAUCAUGUUGGCUGGAGCUUUAGAAUAUGAGGGUUUCCCCCAGCAGCUGCGCCUCCUGGAGGCUCCCUUCAAGCUGUCAGCUAAAGACCUCCGCUCCCAGGUGGUCCGUGAGGCUUGCAUCACAUUAGGACAUUUGUCAUCAUUGCUGGGUAACAAGUUUGACCAUGGAGCGGAGAGCGUCAUGCCCACGCUGCUUAACCUGGUGCCCAACAGCGCCAAAGUCAUGGCCACAUCCGGGGUGGCCGCUAUCCGCCUCAUCCUCAGGCACACACAUUACCCACGUCUCAUUCCCAUCAUCACCAGUAACUGCACCUCCAAAUCAGUAGCUGUCAGACGACGCUGUUAUGAGUUUUUAGACCUCAUUCUACAAGAGUGGCACACAAAUACCCUGGAAAGGCACGUGGCUGUUCUGACCGAGACGAUCAAGAAAGGCAUCCAUGACGCAGACUCUGAGGCCAGGUCCAUUGCUAGAAAGUGCUAUUGGGGUUUCCAUGGCCACUAUAGCCGAGAGGCAGAACAUCUGUUUCAAGCACUGGAGUCCACCUAUCAGAAGGCCCUCCAGUCUCACCUGAAGAGCUCUGACAGCAUAGUGUCUCUCCCACAGUCUGAUCGCUCCUCAUCGUCGUCCCAGGAGAGCCUCAACCGGCCACUGUCUGUUAAGAGCGUCAUUGGAGGGAGCAUAACGAGGAGUAAGCUUGUGAGCACCAGGGCACCGACCACUCCAGGCUCCCUUCAGCGAUCCCGCAGUGACAUCGACGUCAACGCAGCUGCCAGCGCCAAGUCACGCCUCUCCACAGUUCCUGCCUCCAGCCCCUUUAGCUCCGCCGCUGCACUUCCCCCAGGUUCCUAUGCCUCACUAGAUGGCACACCUGGUAAAACUGAUGGUCGUGUUCGCACUAGGAGACAGAGUUCGGGCAGCGUGGUGGGGGCCAGUACCUCAGUGGUGGACAGUAGGGGGCGCAGCCGAGCCAAAGUGGUUUCCCAAUCCCAGCCCGGCAGUCGUUCCAGCUCACCAGGGAAACUGUUGGGCCACAGUGGCUAUGGCCGGAUCCCUCGAGCCACUGCGUCGGCCUCUAACACACCAGCCGACAAGCGCAGCAGGAUCCCUCGCAGCCAGGGCUGCAGCCGCGAGACCAGCCCCAGUCGACUGGGCCUCGCCAGGCUGUGUGGUAAAGCUCUUCUUCCUGCCGCUCUUCCCUACCGCACGCUAGCCCGGAGCCGCAUCCCCCGCCCCAGCAUGAGUCAGGGUUGCAGCCGCGACACCAGUCGCGAGAGCAGCCGUGACACCAGCCCCGCUCGGGGCUUUGCUCCUCUGGCCUCCCGACGUCACUCCCGCUCUACCAGCGCUCUCUCCACGGCCGACCCCCACGGCCAGUCAGAUCGAUAUGGUCUAAUCCACCAGGCUAGAAUUUCAGCAUCUGUCAAUGCCAUGAGAGUACUCAACACCGGCACAGAGGUGGAGGCUGCAGUGGCUGAUGCUCUGCUAUUAGGAGACUCCAGGAAUAAGAGGAAGCCUUUGAGGCGGAGGUACGAGUCACCGGGGAUGUACUCUGAUGACGAUGCCAACAGUGAUGCGUCCAGUGCCUGCUCUGAACGCUCUUAUGGCUCAAGGAACGGAGGUAUCCCCCACUACUUGCGCCAGACAGAAGAUGUGGCCGAGGUGCUGAACCACUGUGCCAGCUCCAACUGGUCUGAGAGGAAGGAGGGUCUGCUUGGCCUGCAGAACCUGCUAAAGAGCCAAAGAAUACUCAGUCGAGUGGAGCUGAAGAGACUUUGUGAGAUCUUCACAAGGAUGUUUGCAGAUCCACAUAGCAAGAGAGUGUUCAGCAUGUUCCUGGAGACCCUGGUGGACUUCAUCACAGUGCACAGGGAGGACCUGCAGGACUGGCUUUUUGUCUUGCUCACCCAGCUGUUGAAGAAGAUGGGGGCUGACCUACUGGGCUCGGUCCAGGCCAAAGUCCAAAAAGCUCUAGAUGUCACAAGGGAGUCUUUCCCAUUUGACCAACAGUUCAACAUUCUGAUGAGGUUUAUCGUGGAUCAGACUCAGACCCCUAACCUCAAGGUGAAGGUGGCCAUUCUGAAGUACAUUGAGUCUCUGGCUCGGCAGAUGGACCCGACAGACUUCAUCAACUCAAGUGAGACACGCCUUGCUGUAUCUCGCAUCAUCACCUGGACUACUGAACCCAAAAGCUCUGAUGUUAGGAAGGCGGCCCAAGUGGUGCUGAUCUCCCUGUUUGAGCUCAACACCCCAGAGUUCACCAUGCUGCUGGGAGCACUGCCCAAGACCUUCCAGGAUGGAGCCACCAAACUGCUACACAACCACCUCAAGAACUCCAGCAAUACCAGUAGCAGUGUGGGCUCUCCGAGCAACACCAUUGGCCGGACACCACCACGCCACACCCCCAGCAGGACGAGCCCUCUCACCUCUCCUACCAACUGUUCCCAUGGAGGACUGUCCCCAAGUCGGUUAUGGGGUUGGGGUGUCGACGGACUGUCAAAGCACCCCCCUGCCCCUCCUCCUCCUCCGCCUCACUCCACCCCUGCCGCCCCCUCCCUAAGGGUCCUGCGCAGAGCGUAUUCACCCAGCAUGAUGGAGUAUGACACAGAGAACAUGAACUCAGAAGAGAUCUAUAGCUCGCUGCGUGGCGUCACUGAGGCCAUCCAGAGCUUCAGCUAUCGCAGCCAGGAGGACCUCAAUGAGCCAAUCAGACGGGAAGGCAAGAGGGACGAUGCUGCUGGGAGAGAAGGAGUUGUGUCCUCCCCCGGCUCUGAUGCCCGCCUGGGCUUGGACAUGGUAGAGGGGGGCCGUACCGCCCUGGACAACAAAACCUCACUGCUCAACACUCCGUCGCCUCGCUCCUUCUCCGGGCCGCGGGGUCGGGAGUUCGCCCCGUACGGCUACGGAGAAACCAUCAGCACCUAUGACAAGAGUGCGCUGAAGGAAGCUGUGUUUGAUGAUGACGUGGAACAGUUCCGUGACUGCCGUCGACAGGAAAGUGGUGAAAACAAGACGGCGCUCCCCAAGGUCUUUGCUCCUGUUGGUCAGGACCACUCAGACCUGGUCGCAGACCUGCUGAAGGAACUGUCCAACCACAAUGAGCGUGCAGAGGAGCGCAAGGGCGCCCUGGUGGAGCUGCUGAAGAUCACACGAGAGGACAGCCUGGCUGUGUGGGACGAACACUUUAAAACCAUCCUCCUUCUUCUCCUGGAGACCCUUGGUGAUAAAGAUCAUACCAUUCGGGCUCUGGCUUUGCGGGUGCUCAAGGAGAUUCUGAGGAACCAGCCAGCCCGUUUCAAAAACUACGCUGAGCUCACCAUCAUGAAAACUCUGGAGGCUCACAAAGACUCCCACAAGGAGGUGGUGCGCGCAGCCGAGGAGGCAGCCUCCACCCUGGCAGGCUCCAUCCACCCAGAGCAGUGCAUCAAGGUGCUCUGCCCCAUAGUGCAGACGGCUGACUAUCCCAUUAACCUGGCUGCCAUCAAGAUGCAGACCAAGGUCAUCGAACGCAUCGCCAAGGACUCCCUGCUGCAGCUGCUACCCGACAUCAUCCCAGGACUCCUGCAGGGCUAUGACAACACAGAGAGCAGCGUUCGCAAGGCCAGCGUGUUCUGUCUGGUGGCUAUCUACUCUGUGAUUGGCGAGGAGCUCAAACCCCACCUGGCACAGCUCACGGGCAGCAAGAUGAAGUUACUGAACCUGUACAUCAAAAGGGCCCAGACGACCAACAGCAAUAGCAGCAGUUCCUCAGACGUCUCCUCUCACAGUUAAUGGAGGGAGGCUCCGGUUGGAAACCCUGCGGACGGCUGGCUGACUGAAUGGCGCAUCCGUCCCAGAUAUAACCGUGCCUCUUCCAGACUCGUCCGUCGCUGAGCUUCACCCCGUCCCCCUUUUUUUCCAUCAUAACUCCAGCUCCUCCGUGCUUUUCUUCUCGUUCCAGGUGAUCUGUUGACUGUCCAGUUCCUCCUCCCAUCCUUUACUCCAGAAUGUUUUGAAUGUAACUGAGCUUUGGUUUCAGAUGGGAGGGGGCAGAUUAACAUAUUUGGACUUUUCUGUUGGCUUCAUAAAGACAACCUCCAGUCAUCCUCAUUUGUGCUGGCACAUUUUGUUCAUAAAAACCCGUUGCUCUUUGAGCCCUCAGAUGGUCAUAUGUGAGAUGAGGCAGAAUAAGGACCGAACAACAGAAUGCAGCCACAAUUCCCUGAAGUUUUCUUGUCAGUGUGGAGGUAAUGUAGUUGUGUAAGGGGACAGAGUAAAGGAAUUUCUAUCAAACUGAUUAGGAAAUAUCAUUUGGCUGGCCCAGUGAUGGUAAGCAGCCCAUGGGAUUUGGGCAAAGUGUGGUUUGGGAAGCAUGAAAACCAAAUAUAGCAAGAUGGAAAAGUAAUUUAAAAAACCCUAUUUGAGGGAACAGUGUGGUAGAAAAAUAAAAAGUACUGUAUGAUCAUUUGUACUUAUCAGUUUGUCAGGCAUAAUGAAGGGUCAUGAAAGCCUACAUGGGCCAGCGUUGUCUUUGUUUUUAUGCUAAUUGGUAAUAGAGAUUUGCCUAAUUGUUUUAACCCCCUUUUCAUGAAAUGACUGUUAUCCUCAAAAAGGUAACAAGUUCUUAAAGAAUAAUUCAGUAGCAAAAAUUGACAAUCUUUUAAAAUGAUGUGUCGUAGAUCUUUAUUUUGUGGUACAGAAGUUAAGCUGAUGAUAUUGUCAAUUGUAUGAUGAGAGUUGCCAAAUUUCCACACCUGUCUUAAAAUUUACUUAAAAUCAUAAUCAGCACAGAGGGUGGAAGUUGAACUUGACUCACUAUUAUCAUUGUAUUGCCUGUAAUUUAAGACGUUCAACGACCCGCAUUGAGCUUGAAAACAGGGAUGGAAAGUCAUGUCUUACUUCACAACACUGUAGAGGUACAGAGAUGUUUCAGUUCAUCCGUUCGAAAGCAAAACAUCCCCUUUUUGUUUCCUGGCCAAUUUAUGGCAUCUUACCUGUAAAUGUGUGAUGCUGCUGCUCAGUUAAAGUGCACCGAGUGGUUUUGUCUGAAGAGGAAAUCCUUCCCUUUGUAAAUACUGCAGAUGUUUCCCGGCUCGGAGUCGGGAAUGAGACCAACGAUCUGAGACAGUCGAAAGACAUUACCAGGCCUUAUUCAUUUUACACACACUUAACAUUUCUAGACUGGGACUGCGGAGAGUGAAUGGAAUGUACAGCACUGUAGCCCUUGGUUCUUAAAAAUGUGAAUCCACAUCAAGUUUUAACAGGACAAUGGACCGCAUUGGCGUUCUCGACCCACAAUGAUGCAAAUACAGUAUUAGUUGUUUUGUAACAUCUCUCCACCACUCACUUUCCCCUUCACGUACCCACAGCUUCUGCAAUAACCAUAAAAAAACACACAUAGAAGGAUUUUGUAAAUAAACUUUUUGAUCACUGCUUCGCAAAAUUUUACAUGAUGACAAAAAAGAAGAGAUAAGGUUGACUUUGUCACUUUUUUGCACGUUAGCAAAAUAGCUUGCAUGUAAUCAGCGGCACAUGUCAACUUUGUGCUGUUUUGAUGGGCCCGGUUUUUUGGCUGUUGAAGUGCACUUGUAACAUCAUCGGAUUACUCAUCUCUGGUUUGUUGCUUCAGUAGAGGAGGUAGCCAUUUUAUCCAUGAUGAUAUAUAAAAGGUACGGUAUGGAGUGCCAGCAGUCGAUCAACCAAAACCAUGUGUCUGUUUUUGACAGUGUUGCCAUUAAACACGUCUUAUCUGGUACAAGUGUUUGGGCUGGGUAUUGAAAAAUAAUCCCUUUCAGCACCAUGGUGAUUUUUUUGGUAUCACCAGCAAGUUUAAAGUCUUAAAAACUAUCAGAUGGCAUGGAAAACUUGAACUUGUUGGAUUCCUGCAAUGAGAACUUCGAUUAGGUCAUGGGUUCCCAUAACUUCCACAUCAAGGGCCUCUAAAGAGGUACAGUAUGUGUUCAAACCUCUUUGGAUUCCUGUUUGAAAUGUUUACUGUUAGACAUGAUUUAGUGCAUCAUUUAGAGAAUAGAGUGGUAACCACGGAGAGGAAGAAACCUCUGAUCAGUUUUCAUUCUUACUGUUCUUAUAUUCUGUUCUCUCACUCUGCUGUUGAUCAAAUUAAAUGCAAGCACUCCUGUUUUUACCUGGGGAGUCCCUGGAGAACUGGUCCCACUUUGGGAUCCACUGGUGUUUUCAUUGAGGAAAUCCAUUGACUAUGAGCUGAUGCUCUUUGAAAAAAAAAUAUAUAUAAAUGCACUUAAAGUUGCAUGUGAUGUAAUUUGCUCUAUCACAAAGAUGAAUUAUGCUUAAAUUCAAUGUGGAAAAGCAUCAAAACAAGCUUGUUUUAGAACUGAUAUCAAAUCUUGAGUAUCAGAAACAAAUAUUGGAAACAGAAAAUUUCCAACAACACCCAGCCCUGCAGCACACUCUGUAAUAUGCCUGUCUGUGUUCUACUUGACUUUGUGUUCUCCAUUACUUUAAUGGUUCAAAUCACCAACUAGUUUGGUUUUGUUCUCUGAUGGAGCCACUUUCCAAGUCCAGAAAUUCUGUCACUGGCGUAAGGGGAAAGUUUGCCAAUCACUAGGUUUUGAUUUUCUGGUAGCAAAAUUGUCCUGCAGAUCAUCUGCUGACACAUUGCUGGUCAGUAGAAAGAAGCAAGAAUGGUAUUCCUUGCAAACUUUUCACUAUGCAUGUUAUUAUUUGUUUUUCUUGGGUCUCGUUAGGUCUUUGGUCAUGUAAUAUUCAUAUCUGUAUUUAUUUUAUUUUAUUUUAUUUUAUUGUUUUUCAUGAUAAACUGUACAGAAGGGUUUUGUUAACAUCCACCUGUGAUAGAUUUGCAACACUGUAAAAAAAGGAAAAAAGACCUGUUUGCUCUAGAAAUAAACAGACAUGAGAGUUGA